GCAAUUACUCUUAGCUAUAGUGAAUCUCAAUAAUAUACACUAAUUACCAAAUCAUUCAUUAGUGUUCUCAGGUGACUUCUGUAAUAUGUGUCCUCUCAACACAAAGUACUUGCACAGGAUUUUCCAAAACCUUGACAAAAAUGGCGAUGGUCUUUUGAGUCUAGAGGAACUCAACUGGCUUCUGGAGAGAAUUGGAAUAAAUUUCAGCCUGGAGGAUCUGGAGUCUUCGGUGGGAAAGUCGAGCCUCAACUUGGAUGAGUUCUUGUCAUUUUGCGACUCCAUAACUAAGCAAAACGACGACAAGAAUGAAAUACUAGGGGAGAAGGAAGAACAGGACCUUGCUAAAGCGUUCAACGUGUUCGACCUGAAUGGAGAUGGAUUCAUUUCUUGCGAGGAACUUCAAAGCGUAUUGUCAAGGCUGGGAUUGUGGGAUGAAACGAGUGGAAAGGAUUGUAGUUAUAUGAUUCAUGUGUACGAUACAAACUUUGACGGAGUUCUUGAUUUUCAAGAAUUCAAGAACAUGAUGUUGCAUGCUAACUAGCUACUUCUUGUUCUUGAGUUCAUUCCUCAAUCAUCAAUAUUCAGUCCUAAUCUGCAUAUAAGUUGUGGCAGAGUUUUCUUGUCAAUUUCUUUUCCGGGUAACACAUAGAUAUGCUAUUCUUGAUAUAGAAUUGAGUUCAAUUUUGUGCAUGGUAAUCUAAACACAGCUCUAGUGCUGUAGCCGAUACGGCCAUGGACGAGUCAUUUUUGGAAUUUUCGCAGAAGGAAACCAUAGAGCCAUAUACAGUGCAUUGCCGUGCUGGUCAAAGUCCUUUUAUUUGAAAAGCCUUGUGAGGGAGACAUAUACUUUAUUUUUAUUUGUCAAAGAAUGUAAUUUUCCACGAGCA